AAGGCAUUUGAAGCCCUAAACUUUGUCUAUUACUCAUCAUGGUUUACAAGUAGAAGGACGUGUUAUUUGUUUUCUUUUGUGCUAUAAAUUGCAUCAAGAUGGGUUUCUAGUUUUCUAAAAGUUUUGCACACCUGCGUGUGCCUUCACAAGUUAAUAAAAAAUGUUUGCCACAAUGGCGCCUUCUACGGACAUCUCUGUCCCUCGACAAAUACCAAAAUCAUCAAAGGACCUCGACCAAUCGACCAGUUGGUUUUUAUUUGACUUUGUGAGUAACGUCGACUCGAACAUCAACAAUGAGUACGACGAGUCAAUGGUCAUCUUCGUUGGCUUCGGCCGGCGGCCUCUUAACUGAUAAUGAAUGUUCUAUGCUGCUCGAAGUUGAUCUUUUUAACACUGAAGGAGAUCUCCUCAAGACCUUUCCGAGCGCUGCACCGAAGAUCGAUUCGAUAAAUUACCUUCAGGAUGACAUAUCAAACACCAUGUAUCCGCCUUCUCCUCCUGAAAUUAAACCCAGCCAAGCCGAACUCGCUAACGAUCUUCUGCAGCAGCUGGAAAACCAAUGCAAACAAGAAAACAUAUUCCAAAACUGGUUAGAAGAGAAAGUGGAGCUUCCCAUUUUCGAAAAUAUCUCCCAGGUGCCCGAGCGCGUAGAGUUGCCGCCACCGGCACACGCGCCCGCUUCGUAUCCGCAAUCUGUGCCGCAACCAACCGAAGAGCUCCUGCGUGAAUUCGAAACGGUGUACGGCGCCGUCGAGCUCACUCACCUCACGCCGCCGCAGAGCCCGCCCGGACCCGCCACACAGCUCCUGCUCAGCUACGCGCAGCAAGCUCAAUGCGCCUCACUCCCAUCCGCCCUUCAAUUAGCCCCUGCUGCCGACCAGUGGCAAGUCCCUCCCGUAGUUCUACCGGAGUACGACUGCGAUUCCCAGGCUCUCGAGGAGCUAGUUCGUCAUCGCGCCGCCCAGCUCGCGUCCCCGCAGCCGUCCCCCAGCAGCGGUUCCCCCUCCCCCCGCUCCAGUCCGCGCUCCUCCCCGCCCUCGUCUCCGCGCUCGUCCGACGAGGAGUGGUGCUCUUCUUCUCGCCCGAAGCCGUACUCGCGUAACGUCGACGACCGUCGCUCGCGCAAGAAGGAGCAGAACAAGAACGCGGCCACCCGCUACCGUCAGAAGAAGAAGGCGGAGGUCGAGGUGUUGCUCAACGAGGAGCAGGCUUUGCGUAAGCGUCACGUCGAACUUGGAGACAAGUGCUCGGACCUGCAACGCGAGAUCCGCUACCUCAAAGGGCUCAUGCGCGAUCUGUUCAAGGCGAAAGGUCUUAUAAAAUAAUUUCACGCUCUACUGGCCGAGUGAAAAGAUUUCAGCACCGCGCGAUACGAUCGCGGUAUAUUUGAAAAUUCGUUCAAACAGAAGUUAUGAAGUUUAAUAAAUUUCGAUGAUAUACCUAAAUAUAAUUUCUAGUUUAACCUAGAUAAGUUUAUUGUUUGCAUCAUAUAUCUAACUUCGAGCAGCAUAAGUCACACAUGUCACUUCGUCGAGGGCAAUAUCUCAGUAAUGUAACAACUACUAAAUUUAAAGGUGGCGCUGUCUUCUCAUCAUUCAUUUUCUUAAAUUUAGAGGAUAGGUUGCAUUCAUUGUUAUGAAAUGUGAACGACUAAUUAUAAAAAAUUACAGCAGCAUAUGCAUAUUUGAUCUUAUAUUUUAUUAUUUGUAAAAUUUGAAAUUUUAUUUAAAUAUAUGUAAUAUCAAGCCAUGUUCUAUUUUCAUACAAUAUAAGGAAUGCGACGGCGGAGA